GUAUACAAAACAAAAUUCUGUGAUGAGAAGAUGAAACACAGUGUGGGCGGCGCGGAGAGAAAGCGAGCUUCGGUUGUUGAAUCUAAAGACUCAUGUAGGCCUAGACCUGGUUGUUCUGUCAAGAAAUAUCAACCUUUUUAAUAUAAUGUGAGGACACCACCAGUGAUGUAUGAACUGUUAGCUCAGGUUCUUGCAGAACGAGACCUCUCCAUUGCCGGAGAACUCUUCUACAUCCCAGACUCUGCUAUUGUGAAUGACCUCACAGAAGCCCUCUAUCGGAUACAAGAUAUAACAGCAUCUGAAGACUAUCUGACCAAUAGAAAUGAUCAGACAGUUGUGGAGAUCUGUAUCACCAGGGUAACAACUGCAAUCAGGGAUACUGGCACCAUUGAUAAGCAUGCUAUGGCAUUAGUGUAUCUGUGGGAUUCAUGUCUCCAUCACAACUUGAUACCAACCUACAAGGAGGAGGACCCACCCCAUGCCAAGAUAGCCUCAGAUAUAAUGAGUUGUCUUUUUAUGCAAAACUAUAACAAAAAAUCGGUAAUGAAACUUGCCUUGCCCGUAGCCGUGAAAUUUCUGCAGCAAGGAAAUCGGGAAAUUACACGCAACUUGUCAACGUACCUUGCACUUGCUGCCAUCGAGAACGCAAAUAUUUUAAUACCUCACACGGGAUCUCUCAUCAGAAGCAUUCGACAAGGUAACCGGUCUCUACUUCGUAUUUUACCUCAAAUCUACUCCGAAAGUGAUUUGGAAAUUGUCAACUACAUUUCUGAACUUGUCGUUAUUCUACCAAAGUGCAACACUUCAGAGAAGCUAAGUAUUCUGCAGAUUUUUGCCAUGAUCCACAAGAAAUACCCACACGCUCUGAUUCCUCAUGUAGCAAUAUUAGUCGAGCAACUGAACGACCCCAGCGUGUCGUCCACCGUACUCAAUCUACUGCUGGAUAUUGCAAUGGUUGAUGCUAAGGCAUUCAUUCCAUGCUUAACUAUGCUGAAGUUAACAGUUGCACAGCAAACAUCCCUACUAUCAUUAGCUGCCAAGAUCUUCGCUGCAAUUGGCAAGCUGGAUGAGGAUUAUGGACGCGAAUGCAUGACGUUCCUUGUGCAACAACUCACUGUUGUGGAGCAGUCAUCUGUCCCGGCAGUACUGAUCGAGAUUAAGAGCAUUUCUGAUUAUCAUAAGGGUCUGCUGAGUGAACACAUGUCGCAGAUUAAUAGCCAGCAGGGCAGCAGUUCGACGGCUGUACGAAUGAUUGUGCAGCAGUUACAGGAUGAUUUGCAUAAAAGGAAGGGAAGGACACUAGAAUCAAGCAAAGCAAAAUCACAUUCAGCCCUCCAGCAGAGAGGGACUGGUGGAAUUACACAUUCAACCAUAUCAUUAGACUUUGAAACGCGCAAUCUGCAUAUGAAGAACCGCAUACACAGCCAGGUCAGUGUAGACACACUUAUGAGUCCAAGAAAACAAUUUGAUAGUAAAUCAUUGGCAACAAGGAGUCUAGAAGUAGGCCCGCUUUUAUCCCCGAAGAGCGACAAAGACUCGAAUCCAUCCGGGAGUAAAACAAGCCUUCAGAGCAACCCUCAACAGGCUAGGCAUCAGAUAAGAAAAUUUGAACUUAGCCCACCUAAGCCUGACAAAUCCGGAAAACAUUGGGAUGUAGACAAACGAAUUAACCGAAAGGAGGGUGGAAGCAGAACGAACCUUAUGCAUCAGAAGGAAGUUCGCGGAGCAAUGAUACCUAACAGCCGAGACACAGAAGUCAACAGCCUGUCCGUCAGGGGCAAUGAAACUUUGGGUAGCGGGCCUAUCCAUAACAGCAAACCGGGAACUUUAACACGAACAGGAGAGAAGAAAGACAGUAGUCUUCAACAGUACUUAACAAAACGACGAAAGGAGAUUAUCUCGUAUAUUGAGUCAAUAAAAAAACAACUACCUGUACCAACUAGUUGCAAAGUUAUUGAAUCAAAGGAUAAAAGGCCGAUUGGUCAACUGGAAUUCCAUUGUGGAAAGAAGGGAAUUGAUUGUUGCUUGUACCAGUCAACCCCAUUUACAAUGGCAACAAGGGAUAUCCAAACAUGGAUAUAUAUUAUGUACCUACAUCUUCAGGCAACAUCUCCAAGCCCCAUUGCUGUGGAUGAUGAGUCUAUUCAGGUGCUGAAGCGGUGCUGGGACAAGCAGAAGACCAUCGGGGGUACCAUGACAUUUCUCAAGCUCAUCACGCAGAAUUUUCCCUCUACUAAGGUGCAGAGUGUUCUCGUUCAGCAACUAAACGAGGCCAGUUACUAUGACCUGUUCAAGUUCGAUCAAGACUGUUCCACUUGGGUGUGCUUUAUGUGCUGCAAUCCUACAAAGCUGGCCGAUUAUUUUUCUGAUGGACAACCUCACAUCGAAGGCCAGCUAAAGGAGAAGAAGGUGCGAUGGAAAUUAUUUCGUACUUGGAGAACCCGUUAUUUCACACUUGCAGGAGAAAACCUUGUUUACAAAAAGAACAAAUCGACGCAUUCAAAGGGCACACUUCCGAUUGAACUGGGGAAAGUUCAAAGUGUAAAGGCAGUCAGGAGGCGUGAUCGUAGUAUACCAAGAGCUUUCGAGAUAUUUACAGAAGACAACAAGUCGUAUGUAUUCAAAGCAAAAGACAGUACAAAGGCAGAGCAAUGGGUACAAUGUUUAACAAUUGCUGUUCGCCAGGCUAAUACGAAGCAGUGAUUCAAUAUUUAGGUCUUAAAUCCAGACUUAAAAUUGAUAAUGGAUAUAUGUAUGCCAUUCAAUCAGUGACAAAUCUGUAGAUGUAGAUUUACAACUGUUUUGAAAGCACAUAAUUAUCACCGUAUUUAUUUGAAUAAAUGCUUCCUCAAAGAAUUGCCCCCUCCAGAGGCUAAUUUGGAAUAAACUCCUCUCUUAAGUAAAUGCCCGGGGAACCCCCCCCCCCACCCAAAUGACUGUAAACAAGAUUAAUGACAGAAAAAUCAUUCUCAAUACCUUCUAUUAAUAUUCUAUUCAAGUUAAAAUACCUUUUUCCUAACCUGGUUAGGAUCAAUAAUUAUUUAUGAUCUUGCAAUACAACAUUUUGGCGGUACGUGUGUGUGUUGUAGUUCUACAUUUACAGUAAAAUUAAGGGUUGUUUAUUUGAGUAUAAAUGUGUAUCCAUUUUACACCAAAAAAAUAGAUGCCUCUCGCAUAUAAACGCCCCCUCAAAAAACAUUUUUCAGCAGUAAACGCCCCCGGUGUUUAUUUGAAAAGAAAAAAAAACGGUAUAUUAUUUGAAUGUAUAAAAACAAAAUAGGAAUGUGAAUCAUUUUUAGGGCAGAUUUAUUGAUUU